CUCAAAUUUAAAAAAAGUAAAGUUAUGCUAGAUUUUUACCCUAACCUGAGGAACGCUGGCUUGAUUCCAGUUCAAAUUGAUACUCAAGCCACUAGUCUUCCAAUGAUGGUAAAUAAAAUAAAUAAAGGUUGCAAUGAAAUAUUAUGUCAAACAAGAAAAGAAAAUUUAGAAGAGACCCGAAAUAAAGACACACCAAAUGAAGGAAAACGGACUUCAUUAAGUGAUUGCAUUGGUCAAACAGAUGUUGGUCAUAUUAAGCGGGAAAAAACAUAUGAACUUUGUGAAGGUUGUGGAUUAAAGAUUGAGGAUCGGUUUUUUAUGAGAGUUGUUGAUACAAACUGGCAUGAAUCAUGCUUAGUAUGUUCAAUAUGUAAUAUUACUUUGAUCAACUCUUGUUAUUCAAGAAAUUCUAAACUAUUUUGCAAAGAAGAUUAUUAUAGAUUAUUCGUUAAAAAUAAUUGUUCGAGAUGUGGAAAUCAAAUCAGCUCCAAUGAAUUUGUUAUGCGAGUUCAACCUCAUGUUUAUCACUUAGAAUGUUUUGUUUGUUGCACAUGUAAUCAACCUUUACAAAAAGGAGAGCAGUUUUGUAUUCGCGGUACUCAACCAGUGUGCCAAGUGGACUUAGAAAAAGAAAUGUAUUUAGCACACCAAUAUGGAGACGAAGAUUUAUUAAUAGAUGAAAGACUACGACCAACAGAUGGGCGACGAGGUCCUAAACGUCCGAGAACUAUUUUAACUUCUGCUCAACGACGGCAAUUUAAAGCUUCAUUUGAAGUAUCUCCAAAACCAUGUAGAAAAAUAAGAGAGGCAUUAGCAAAAGAUACUGGAUUGUCCGUUCGAGUAGUUCAGGUUUGGUUUCAAAAUCAACGAGCCAAAAUGAAAAAAAUUCAACGAAAAGCAAAAAAUGAUGGAGAUAAAAAAGGAGAUACUAAUAAAGAAAAUAAAUCAGUUAAAGUAGAAUCUCCAAGUAGUGAACACGGACAUUAUUUAAUGGAAAACUCAUUUAGCUCUAGCAGUCAACCAUUAAACCCAAAUGUUCCGUUUUCUCCAGACUUUAAUGAAAACUCCAACGAUAGUAUAGGUAGUUCAGACAUUUCGGACUUUGAUGGAAGCAACUUUGACCAAUUAGAUGAAACAACGUCAGAUACAUUACAAAAUAUAAGUUUUUCAUCGCAGCACAGCAUCACAUGUGAAAAUAACAACAACCAAUUUGGAAACAUUAGUGGAUCUGUAACACAUAUUGACAAACUUUAUCUUAUGCAAAACUCCUACUUUAGUGGCAUUGAACAGUAAAUUAACAGUAUUAAA